AUGGUGAAACUCACAAAAGUAAAAGAGAUUACUCAUGAGUUAGCAUCCAAAAAGCAUGCCCUUUCUGAGCGUAAACGUAGAAGACGAAUCAAUUGCCACUACGACUCUCUUAGACACUUCUUCCCUCGAAUACUCAAAAGCGAUAAAGCCUCGGUGCUAGCAGAGACUGUGCGUCAUUUAAAAGAGCUGAAAAAAAUGGUCGCCGACCUAGCGCCGUCGCAUCAUGACGGAGAGCGGUGUGACAAGCAAUCGUUUUUUAUUCCCGGCGAGAACGACGAAAUGAGCGUCGGUUACGUCGCCAGUGGCAACAAGACAGCCGUCCGAGCAAUUGUCUGUUGCGAGGACCGACCGGGUCUUAAUCAGGACUUGACAGAGGCGAUUCAUUCAGUCCGCGGGAAGGCAGUGAAGGCUGAGAUGGCGACUAUCGGUGGGCGAACUAAGGCGGAGGUGGUGGUGGAAUUGCGGGAGGAGGACGACGUUGGGCUGUUAAGAAGAGCGUUAAAGGCUGUUGUGGAAAAUCGAGUCUUGGGUCGAACCGGGUUAAUCAGUCAAGGAUAUACUGAACCGGAAUUCAUUGGUUUCGGCCGGAGGUAUGUAGAUGGUGAAAGGCCCAUAUGUGAUCAAAUUGAAAAUAGGCUUGCUGAUGGCCUAAUUGUAAGAAGUUUAGAGAAAAAUACAAGUAAAGAGUAA